AUACAGUUAUUGUAUAUUCGUCAGUUGGUGCUGUUGUUACACUUUUUAGUUUAUCCAGAGUUUUAUGUUUUCGUUGCUUAAGUCUGUUUAUGUGCAGUUCUCUAUGGAAGCGAUUUGUGAGCAACUUUAUGGCAAACAAGUGCUCGUUGGCAAUUGGCUGGAUCGUCGUUAUUGCUACGACAGCAAGAACAAUGGCAUUGUGCCGGGUCUAAAUGCAAAGGAAGGCUGUGAGCAGCAUCUGACGCUCAGUCAGGACACUUAUACAGAUGCUGGCUACAAAGGCGAUGAUUGCAAGCAAUAUUUUAUAGAGAAGCGCGUAACGCGCAUGCGCAACUUUUUGCAAAGCAACAGAUCGAAGGUCAAGCUUAUAGAUGCGCCAGAGCUAAGAAAUAACUAUACGACAACCAAUACAGUGGCCUACGAGCUGCUGCCCACGCUGCGGCAUGAGUUCUGCCUGGCCCAGACGGCGGCGGCGGCGACAAAGCAAAGCAGCGCCAUGCCCGAGCGACAGCUCCAGGUGGACAUGCUGCAGUGCUUUGGCAAUACGACCAAAACCUAUGACUAUGCCAAGAACAUUAGGAAGCAAGCAAUUAUGGAUAACAUAAAACGCAUGCAGACAACUUAUGCUUAUGAAUUCAAUCGCAAGCAUCCAAAGGCCACAGAGCGGUCCAACACAGAGGAGCCAGUUGAGCCCAGCAUGGAACUAGAGAAAUGUUGAGCUUUCCAUAAAGAACUGCCCUUUACAGUAUAAAGGUCAAGCUAGCAGCGCUUGGCUAGCUUCGCAUUUAUAUUGUGAAGUAAUAAAUAUUUACUUA